AUGGUUGUCUGCUCUAAUUGUGGGUCUCCAACAAUUGUGAAGACAUCGUGGACCCCUGCAAACCCUGGAAGGAAGUUUUUCUGCUGCAUUACUCGACAUAGGGGUUGCGGGUUUGUGGAUUGGGCAGAGGGUCCAUCGUGUGAAAGGGCUGUUGAAGUAUUUCGUCAUUUUGCGGGUUUGGCUUAUCAAGUUAGGGAUCAUGAAGAACAAGCUUCGAGGAUGACAUCUGAAAUUAGGCAACUUCAUGAACAAGCUUUAGGAAUGGCAGUGAAGUACACGAGAUUGAAGAUGAUGUUAAUGUUUAGCUGGGUUUUUUUCAUCUCAUAUGUUGCUUUUCACUGA